AUGUCUUGCUCCAAUCUUGAAUGGCCCCUCCAAGAGGCAGAUGCCGUGGGAGAAUCUGACAUAGACAGCAGCUGUGGCAUUGACCCGACUUCAGAAAAUAGUCCAAAGGACCGCAACGGAUCUGGCAGCCACGAUCAGUCAUCGUCAUUGUCUCGCGGUAGCACGGAAGAGGUACCCGACAUGGCUUUGGAUAAAACUAUCAAUAAGGACGAUCCAGCGGCAGAUCACACCAGUUCUUCAUCCAGAUCCUCGGAAACCUCGGAAAGUAAACCUUCAUUUACCGUUGUUGCCACGAGUCACAAGGUAACUUCAAAGAGUGACUAUGCGCAAGGUCAAGAUCAUCCUAUCUCCUCUUCGGUCGAAGCUUCGAACAGCAACGCAGAACCACCAAAGAUUCCAGGGCAAUCAAUCUCGACUUCCCAAGUUGAUCAGUCGAAAUCGAAUAAUUCUCUGAUCACGGAGGAUUUGGGAAUUCAAGAUCGCCAGUCAGGCCUUGGGAGAAGGCCUGAUACACCUAUACCAGAGUCCUUACGAGAUGAGGGAUACCCUUCUGCUCAGGACGAGGACGAGGAGCCGGUAGAUGAAGAACCAUAUUCUUCUUACGUACACGAAGAGAAUUACGGCAAAGAAGAAGAUUACGACCAAGAACAAGAUCACGGCCAUGAUCCAACUGCCAGUGCCCACUCAUCCCCCGACUCUAUUGUCACAAUGAUUGCAAACGACCGCCUAUUCGCUAUCGACUUCACAGUCUACCACACCGAUUAG